GAACUGAGGUUUCCCGGAACUUAUCGUCAAUGCCCGUGCGGCUGAGGGAACUUGUUUUUGUGAGCGGACCAAGAUGGCGGCGGCCAUGGGCGCAGAUUUCGCCGAGGCGCCGCCGAAUGUUUAUUAUUUUCGGGAUCCGAAGCCGGCGGUGGAUCCGAUCUUCGAGCUCGGGGAAGCCCACGGGGCCAAUCCGGGCCAGGUGCCGCUGGUGGUGGAUAACGGCUCCUUCCAGUGCCGGGUGGGCUGGGCCCUGGACCAGAAGCCGCGGCUUCAGUUUAAGAAUGUCUCGGCCCGCAGCCGCGGCGCCUCCCGCAGCGACACCCAGGUCGGCAACGACAUCCGAAACCUGGAGGUGGUCCGCUGGCUCCUCAAGUCCCAGUUCGACAGGAAUGUGGUGGUGAACUUCGAUAUUCAGGAACAGGUGUUUGACCACAUCUUCCAACACCUGGGCAUCACCUCUGAGUUUUCCGUGGAACAUCCAGUAGUUUUAACAGAAGCACCAUGUAAUCCACUGUAUUCACGGCAGUUAAUGUCCGAGCUCCUGUUUGAGUGCUACCAUAUUCCCAAGGUGUCAUACGGAAUUGAUGAUCUUUACAGCUUCUGGCGCAAUAACAAAUCAGCCUCCACUGGACUGAUACUUUCCUCUGGAUAUCACUGCUGUCACAUUCUGCCAGUGCUGCAUGGCAGGCUGGAUGCUCACAACGGGAAAAGGAUUAAUCUGGGCGGAAGCCAGGCAGCAUCAUACAUGCAGCGUCUGCUGCAGCUGAAGUAUCCUGGACAUUUACCGGCUAUAACACUCAGCAGAAUGGAAGAAAUUCUCCAUGAGCAUUGUUACAUUGCUGCUGACUAUAUGGAAGAACUCAGCCUGUGGAAGCUCCCGGACUUCUACGAGAAGAAUAUUCACAGGAUGCAGUUGCCUUUUAACAACAAACUGCUGGCCAGCACUUUGACAGCAGAGGAAAGGCUGGAACGGAGGCAGCAGCAGAUCCGCAGGCUGCAGGAGCUCAACGCACGGCGCAGGGAAGAAAAACUGCAGCUCGACCAGGAAAGGCUCGAGAGACUGCUCAGCAUCCAGGAGCUUUUGGAAGAAGGCAUGACUGAACGAUUCAAGCGAGCUCUGUUGGAAAUGAACAUGGAUUCCGCAGAGGAGUUGCAGUCGUACAUUAACAAGCUCAGUCUGGCCAUUGAGCAGACCAAACAAAAAAUCCUGCAGGCAGAGGUCAAUGUGGAGGUGGACGUUGUCGACACGAAGCCAGAUGUUUCCGAUCUGGAUCAAGUGCUGAGUUGUGAUCAGUCAAUGGAUGAGUUGGAAGGAGUGAAUGAGCUGGACCAGCUAUUCCCUGAAUAUCAGAGUGACUUUGGCAAGCAAACCAAUGUAGUCCAGCCAAUUGGACAGAUGUUCAACCUAGCUGAAUACCAUCAGCUUCACUUGGGCAGCGAGCGAAUCCGAGUUCCUGAGAUUCUGUUCCAACCGUCUUUGAUAGGCGAGGAGCAGGCCGGUAUAGCAGAAACCCUGCAGUAUGUCCUGGAUAGAUAUUCUAAGGAGCAGCAGGAUGAGCUUGUACAAAAUGUAUUCCUUACUGGUGGAAAUAUCCUAUAUCCUGGGAUGAAGACUCGGAUGGAGCGGGAGCUACUUGCCAUGAGGCCAUUUCAAUCCUCUUUCCAGGUGACCAUGGCUGCCAAUCCUGUCCUGGACAGUUGGUUUGGUGCACGUGACUGGGCUGUUGAGUACAAGGAUCGAGCUGAGGGCUGGAUAACUUUGGCUGACUAUGAAGAGAAGGGAGGAGAAUACUUAAGUGAACACGCUGCUUCCAAUGUUUACGUGCCAAUGAGCCUUACAAAACCAACUUAAACCUGCUGACAUGUCAAAGGAUUCCAGGACAGGUUUAGUUCUUGACAUUUCUUUUGCCGGAAAAAAGGAAAGACAUCUAUUUUAUUUUGAUGAAAAAAUUCAAACUUUUGAGUAUAUUGGAGGGUGUACAAAAUAAAUACAUUUUUUUGUAUUAUUAUUCUCCUUUUGCAAGUUGACUACCACUAUCAUCAUCUAUUCAGGACUGUGAGGUAUUCUAUGAUUCAGGAGUCAUUGCUAUUUCUAAGACCAAUCUUAAGAGGAGAAUAUAUUUGCCUAAACUGAGAAAAAUGAUACAUUUGAUUUAUUUUUUUACUGGUUCUCGUGGGAUGGAACUCGUCACUAUCGCUAUUUAUUGCAGCGAGGGCCAAGAACUGAUGAAACUCAUCCAGCUGCAUCCGAUUGUGUUUGCAUGAUGACUAUCCCUGGGACUGAAGCCCGAGAUACUCUUCCACCCCUUCCCUGGCAUUGUGAUUCAUGAGCUGCCAUUCAUAAAAGUUUAAUGGCUUGCAAAAUGGUGAUUUUGUUCAGCAGCUGCACUGAUAUUUUUUUCUAAAUCUUGGACAUGGUUCUGAAUGCAGUGAGAUCCCGUUAACGUUUAAAUCUGAGGAAAGUAGAGCUUCGGAUCCAGACUUCAAACCAAAUGGCAUGCUUCACCUGUUACUUUAGAUUAAUCACCCAUUUUGACUAUUAUCAUUUACAGUAGUAAAGCCUUCUUGUAAGAAGCAUAAUAUAGUAAACCUUCAGGUUGAUAAGUUUAUCAGAAUCACAAAAAUAUUCCUAUUCCGAUAUGCUUGCUUGAAGUGCAGGCCAAAUAUUUAUGGUUCUCUUUAAUUUAAUGUACUAAAUGGCACUGGCUUUUUCUGGGAUACAUUUCGUACCAAUUGUUGGUAGCAUUACUUGUUGGUUUGCAAGUAGCAAUGUUUCAUACAUGAGCCUAGACAGCGAGCGUACUACAAAGAGACAUAAUUUUCAAGGUAACCCAGGGCUGAAUCACUGACUUGUUUUUCCACUGUUUAACAUAUGAAGUGCUUAGUGCUCCCCUGCUGAUACCAGAGAGACUGUAGAAAGCCAAUUAGAGAUUGGGCAACAGUUGGUGGAUGGAUAGGUUAAAGGUGGGCUUUUUGAGGAAGGGUGGAGAAGGUACAUUUUAAUGGGCUGGGAGGUUGGUAAAUAGUGCCUAUGCCACAUUAGUGUUUAGCAUAUACUUUCCCUAGACCCUAGGUUGGAACCCUACAGCAAGUUGGAAAAUGAAAACCCGACCAAGUCUAUAGCGCCUUUCACAACCUUCGGAAUCCCAAAGCACUUUACAGCCAAUGAGGUAGAAGUGUAGUCACUGUUGUAAUGUCGGAGAUGCAACAGCCAUUUUGCGCACAGCCAGACCCAGCAAACAGUGAUGUGCUAACGACCAUUUUAGUUAUAUUGAUUAAACAGGAACUCGGCCAGGGCAGCAGGGACAAUUCUCCUGCCCUUCAAAAUAGUGCCGUGAGAUCUUUUAUGUCUACGUGAGAGCGCAGAUGGGGCCUCGGCUUACCGUCUCAUCCCUCAGUUUUGCACUUGGGGAUGUGUCAAGCCUGGAUUAUGUGCUCAAGCCUCUGGAGUGGGUCCUGAACCCACAACUUUCUUAUUCAGAGGUGAGAGUGCUACCAACUGAACCACUGGGUGAUUUAUCUGUUGCCACAUCAAACCCAUUCCUUGCACGAAUGAGAGAUGAAAAAAACAUUUAAAAACAUCAAGAAAGAAACAAGAACAAAAGAAACAUAUGGGAGAGUAAUUCCUGACCCCAAGGGAAAAAGCUUGAGCAAUAUGAAUUUUAUAACGUGUUAGAAUUAUUGGAAAUCUUACAGUCUGAGUACAUCUGGGAUCCAAGUGCUGUCAUAACAAAUACAUCAAAAACUAAAGUCUUUGGCUGAAGAGCGAAGUAAGAGAAUAGGGAUGGCUGUUGGGAAUGAAAAUUGUUAAUUUUCACAGCUUGUGCCUCUGCUGGCUGAAGUUAUCCAAGAAGCUCAUCUUCAAAGGAUUCAGAAUGCAUAGCACACUUUUUGGACUGCAGACAAGAUGAAUGCAUCUGGAAAUAGUAAGGGAAAUUCUUCACAAGCACCAUGUUGUAGUGGAGUAGAUUAAAUGGACUGAUUUCAUGUUAAAUUGUUUCUUUAAUGUUGGAUUUUUUGGUGCCUUACGGAUAAAAUGUAUUUCUUAACUUACUGCGAAGAACAGAGCAAAAUCUUCUACAUUGUACACAUGCGUGUAACUCACCAAAAUUCUGCUAUUUGAUUUGGGCAUCAAUUGCGUGUGUAUCUGGGCAUGAAUAUUGCAGGAAAUUCCAGGCCAGUAUCUUCUUAGCGUCAUUAGUUCACUCCAUCCACUCCCCUCAUUAUGAAAAUAAUUGUCAUAGUGGAUAAGGGAGCAAUCAUUUGAUCAAAACUGGCUGAUACAGCCGAGAGGCUGGAGGUUCUGGGGAUUCAUACACAAGGUCAUGCACAGCGCACGUACCCCUCUUUCUGUUUAAUCGCUAGCGGAGAAAUUUUUUAAAACUUGUAUUCUAUGGAAUUUUAAAAGGUGUACAUUUUCAAUAAGGUUAUUGGGUGUGGUGAUGCAGCACUCAACCUUGCUUACAUUUCAGAUUAAUGUUUAUAUCACAACCAUGUUCAUUCUAAGCAUGUGAAUGAUACACUUAUUAAUGACUUUGCUAUAAACAGUGGAAAUCUU